AAUCACAAUAUGAUAUACAUUCUAAUUCAGCAUCUCCUAACAUGCCAUGCAUGCAUAGUAAUAAUUCCGAGUUAUUUUUAAGUAAAUUGAUACAAGAAUUUAACUUAGAUUCAAUAAACAUUGAAGGACAUUUACAUAUAUUACAUCAAGCAGAAAAAUUAUUUUUGAAAGUAUUUGAU